AUGGUCGGUGAACACACUUCUGGCAGUGAGAAAAGCGGCGAAGAACUUGAUCGCAUCAGAUCCGAAACUCAAGAUAUAGGUUUCGCGCCGAUCGCCCAGCUGAAGACCAAUGAAGAGCCACAUGAUGCGGCGGCGGAAAAGCGGCUAUCGAGGCGCUCCCGCUCCCGAUCGCAUUCCCUGGAUCGAAGCUGGUCUUUGAAUGAUGGUGUGAGUAUUGGCCGCGACGAAUCUGAAGGUGAGGCCAAUGAAGCGGGACAAGAUGCAGAUAGUGAUCAGGGGUUUACUGUACGCUGGGAGGAGAAUGACCCCAUGAACCCGCGGAACAUGAGCAAGGCGAGACGCUGGAUGAUCGUCAUCAUUGUUUCGACUGGUUCUCUUUGCGUGACGUGCACAUCCUCGAUGUACACAACGACAUAUGAUCAGUUGAUGAAAGAGUUCAACUGCUCCCAGGAAGUGGCAACACUCGGACUGUCCUUCUUUAUCUGGGGCCUUGGAAUCGGUCCGCUUUUUCUCAGUCCACUGUCCGAAUUCUAUGGUCGAAGGAAUAUCUACAUUACCUCAUUCUCACUGUUUCUGAUUUGGCUUAUUCCAUGUGCCGUGGCGAAGAAUAUCGAAACUAUGCUGGUCUGCCGGUUUUUCAAUGGCCUAGCAGGAAGCGCUUUUCUCAGUGUUGCCGGUGGCACGGUGGGCGACAUGUUCAAUCGACAGGAACUUGCAUUUCCCAUGAUGCUUUACACUGCUAGUCCAUUCAUUGGGCCCGAGGUCGGACCUUUGGUCGGUGGCUUCAUUAACGAGUUCACCAACUGGCGUUGGACAUUUUAUGUGUUGUUGAUCUGGACAGGCGUGCUGCUUGUUUCGAUGAUUUUCCUUGUACCGGAAACUUAUCACCCAGUGCUUCUAAGACGCAAGGCUCAGAAACUUCGCAAAGAAACCGGAGACGACCGAUACAUCGCUCCGAUUGAGAAGCUACAUCGCUCUGUAGCGCAAACAGUCUUGCGAUCUAUGUAUCGCCCCAUUCUCCUUUUGGCACUAGAGCCGAUGUGCUUGAGCCUUUGUAUUUUUUCAGCCAUCCUCCUAGGAAUUCUUUACCUCUUUUUCGGCGCCUUUCAACUGAUCUUCGAACAUGUCUAUGGGUUUCCGCUUUGGCAACGGGGUCUGUGCUUCUUGGGUCUCUUUGUGGGUAUGGUUUUUGCGAUCCUUUCAGAUCCGCUCUGGCGCCGCAACUAUGAGCGACUGGAACGGAACUUCCUGAAAAAGAAAGACCAGUCCGAUGAAUUUCUGCCAGAAUGGCGACUUCCUCCAGCAAUUCUCGGUGGGCCUUUGGUCACCAUCGGGCUUUUCAUAUUUGCCUGGACAAUCUAUCCUGACGUGCACUGGAUCGCUCCUAUCAUCGGCAGUGCUGUGUUCGGAGCAGGGGUUAUCCUGGUCUACGCGGGCAUCUUCACAUUUCUGGUUGAUGCCUAUCCCACUUUUGCCGCCAGUGCUUUAGCAGCGAAUAGCUUUAUGCGCUCGAGCUUUGGAGGAAUAUUUCCCCUGUUUGGUAUCCAGAUGUAUAACAAUCUUGGGUAUCACUGGGCGACUUCACUGCUGGCCUUUCUGACCCUUGUCAUGCUUCCCUUUCCGUACCUUUUCUUUCAAUAUGGAAGUCGUAUUCGGAAGAAGAGUCGUUAUGCCACCCAGCAAACGUGA